AUGGCAGGCCGGGAAAUUGCCCCAGGAGAGCGACUACAGUUCGAUAUUCCCGCGGCAGCCCUGUAUACCCACACCCCACUGGACCUUACCGUGGAGGUCAUUCACGGCUCGCGACCAGGACCGGCUUUGUUGGUUUGCGCCGGAAUCCACGGCGAUGAACUCAACGGCAUCGAGAUCAUUCGCAGACUGCGCACGCUAAAGACGCUGAAGUCAUUAAAAGGCACCCUGGUACUGGUACCGGUCGUUAACCUGCAUGGCUUUAUUCAUCAGUCGCGCUAUCUGCCCGAUCGACGGGAUUUAAACCGCUGUUUCCCCGGCAGCGAAAGUGGUUCGUUAGGGUCGAGGGUUGCGCAUCUGUUCUUCACCGACGUCGUCGCACGCUGCACCCAUAUUAUUGAUCUGCAUACAGCCGCCAUUCACCGUGACAAUCUGCCGCAGAUCCGCGCAGCCCUGGAUAACCCGGAAGUUAAAAAGAUGGCAAUGGACUUUUCGAUUCCGGUCAUCAUCAAUGCCGGUCUUAUAGAAGGCACGCUGCGUGCGGAAGCCGGCGAGCGCGGCAUCCCGGUAUUGACCUACGAGGCAGGAGAAGCCCUGCGUUUAUCAGAAACCUCUAUCGUCACGGGUAUCCGCGGCAUUACCAACGCGAUGCGCGGACUGGGUAUGUUACCUGCCCGCCGCAACCGGGCGGCAGCUACCGAACCCAAUAUUGCGCGUUCCAGUAAAUGGUUCCGCGCCAACAGCGACGGCAUGUUCCGACCUCUGGUUAAGUUAGGCACAAGGGUGAAAACUGGCGAUCUGCUGGGCAUUAUCUCCUCGCCUUUUUCCUCCGCCGAAGUAGGUGUUUCAUCUACCAUCGACGGGAUAGUCAUUGGCAUGAAUAAUUUACCGCUGGUAUACGAAGGCGAGGCUCUGUUUCAUAUCGCGCUAUUUGGCGAGGCGGGUGUUGUACAGGAUGACAUCACCGCCCAUGCAAGUGUCAUCGCAACAGACCCCCUGUUCGAGAUAGAGCAGGUUACCCUGGGUCAGAUUGAGGACAUCGACCUUAAAUAG